AUGACAGAGACUGUGCCAAAAGGCAGACGACUCCCCAAGAACGUCAAAUUGCCACCCGAGAAUGAACGAUACAUGCGCGCGUGUGCGGACAUAGCUUCUGCCCUCAUCCAGGACUACGAGGCGCAAGCGAAUGGCACGAAGGCGAAGAAGGACUUGAAUCUUAACCAACUGAGAGGGAAAAUAGCCAAGAAACAUUACUUGAAGAGUCAGCCGCCACUUACGGCGAUUAUUGCUGCAGUGCCGGAACAUUAUAAGAAGUACAUAUUACCGAAGCUGAUCGCUAAGCCUAUUCGCACAUCGUCGGGUAUUGCAGUGGUGGCGGUAAUGUGCAAGCCCCAUCGCUGUCCGCACAUUUCUUACACUGGCAACAUCUGCGUUUACUGCCCCGGAGGCCCAGACUCAGACUUUGAGUAUUCAACACAAUCUUACACUGGAUAUGAACCGACCUCUAUGCGUGCCAUACGAGCGCGCUAUGAUCCAUAUGAACAGGCCCGUGGACGAGUCGACCAGAUCAAAUCCCUAGGUCACAGCGUCGACAAGGUGGAGUACAUCAUCAUGGGCGGCACAUUCAUGUCACUUCCAGAAUCCUACCGGGACGAAUUCAUCUCGCAGCUGCACAACGCCCUCUCCGGCUACCAAACAAAAGACGUCGACGAAGCCGUAGCAGCCGGCGAAAUGAGCAACAUCAAAUGCGUCGGCAUCACCAUCGAAACCCGCCCAGACUACUGUCUUGACCAACACUUAUCCUCCAUGCUCCGCUACGGCUGCACGCGCCUCGAAAUCGGCGUGCAAUCCCUCUACGAAGACGUCGCCCGCGACACCAAUCGCGGGCACACUGUCGCCGCCGUUGCCAAAACCUUCUGCCUCUCCAAAGACGCCGGCUUCAAGGUCGUCUCCCACAUGAUGCCCGAUUUGCCUAACGUCGGCAUGGAGCGCGACCUCGACCAGUUCGUCGAGUACUUUGCAAACCCGGACUUCCGCACCGACGGCCUCAAGAUCUACCCUACGCUCGUCAUCCGCGGGACGGGCCUGUACGAACUCUGGCGAACGGGGCGGUACAAGAACUACACCCCCAAUGCCCUCAUCGACAUCGUCGCGCGCAUCCUCGCCCUCGUCCCGCCUUGGACCCGCAUCUACCGCGUCCAGCGCGACAUCCCCAUGCCGCUCGUCACAUCGGGCGUGGAAAACGGAAACCUCCGCGAACUCGCGCUCGCACGCAUGAAAGACUUCGGCACCUCUUGUCGCGACGUGCGCACGCGCGAAGUCGGCAUCAACGAAGUCAAGCACAAGAUCCGGCCGGACCAAGUCGAGCUCGUGCGGCGCGACUACACGGCCAACGGCGGGUGGGAAACCUUCCUCGCGUACGAAGAUCCCAAGCAGGAUAUCCUCAUCGCGCUGCUGAGGCUGCGCCAGUGCUCCAAGGAACACACGUUCCGCCCGGAACUCACGGGCCAGCCGUCGAGUUUGGUGCGCGAGUUGCAUGUGUAUGGCUCUGCGGUGCCGGUGCAUGCGCGCGACCCCAAGAAGUUCCAGCACCAGGGGUAUGGCACGCUGCUGAUGGAGGAGGCGGAGAGGAUUGCACGGGAGGAACAUGGGAGUAGCAAGAUUAGUGUUAUUUCGGGGGUGGGCGUGAGGAGUUAUUAUGGGAAACUGGGGUAUUGGCUGGAUGGGCCGUAUAUGAGUAAGACGCUUGAGCCGCUGUGGGAGAGGGAAUGGUGA